AUGCAGCGGAAAUCUUCACUCUAUUUUCCACCCGAAGUGGUGGAAAUUAUUGUCGGGUAUCUAGCCUUUGAAAACCCUCCGACGCUUUUGAACUUUGCCAAGGCCAGCAAGACAUUCUACGCAUGCUGUCGCCCGGCGAUCAAAUCCAUAAAAUUCCAUGAUAUCAAUCUAGUGGUUUCUCUUCAACCAAAAGAGGUAGUAGAGGAUGUGAAUCGCUUGAUUGAACGACUCAAAGUCGAGGAUGGUCUCCGCUACGUUCGCCAGCUUAUCGUCCAGCAUCCAACCCAUCGCGCCAAACGGCUCGACUGGGAGCCGCCUCGAAUGUCUGAACUACGAUGUGACAAACCGAUGGAAACAUACACGACGCAAUAUGAAAAAUGGAUAGAAUCCUUCGAGAGGGAUAGCCCGAUUUAUAAUCGUCAUUCCUAUGAGGGAAUGGACAGCCGUGCUUCUCAGGCGGUCGUUAAACUGAUCAAAAUACUUCCGGGCUUGACUGAUUUAAUAUGGAGUCGAAAAACUCAUCCUUCGCCAUCUAUACUUGAAGCAUUGCAUCAAGAUCUGCCACAGUGUCGUCUUCAACUGGAUAACAUGUUUUAUUUUUGCACUCUUCACCCGGAAGACCACCCACUGAUAGAAGAUCCUGACUUUCUUACAUCUCCAUCUAUCCACUCUUUCAAGAUUGGAUAUUAUGACUAUCCCUACAACCACUCUUACCAAAAAGUUUUACGUUUCGCGGGGCUCCCUCCUAAUCUCAAAAAGGUUCGAUUGAGAUGUGUUCCUAGGGGUGCUUUCUUGGGACCAGAACAUUUUCAGUCAGGUACUGCAUCAUUGGAGGCUCUGCAAUUUGAGUUUUGGCAGAUGUUCCACCCACUGCGUCUCUACGAAUGGAGUUAUGCUACGGACUUUUCGGUCCUGCAGGUUCUUAAGAUUCAUGCUGAACUGGCAGAUGAGACGUUUGAUAUUUGGAAAGAGACGGGGUUGUCAUCAUUCCCAUCUUUAAAGGUUCUUCGUCUGAAUUUUGGACCUGGCCGCUAUGGGUCACGAGAUCCUCGUCCGGUGCAGUUUUAUGAUGGUGCUUGUGAAUUCCUGCAGAAAUUGCCGCCCUUAACCGAACUUGAACUGAACAAUUGGCACUUACGAAUUGACAUUGAUUCUCUCGUCGAUACCCAUGGGUCUCAUUUGCGCAAGCUUAAGCUUGGGACGCCCGCAGCUUGGCAGGUUGUGAGCAGGGAUCAAAUUCGUAAAAUCAGCCAAAAGUGCACAUUGCUCGAGAAUUUAGAACUUGGGAUUGACGGUGCACAAAGCCACGCUGAGAAGUCCGAAGUCUAUGCUGCUCUGGGGUCGAUACGAAAUCUCCAAUGCCUUGAUCUCCACAUUGAAGUCGCCCUGAAAGGGCUACCUACGUUGCCUAGAGUUGAAGUUACCUCUUCAUCACAAGGUUUCACCGGAGUGGGAUCUGAGAUGCCCAGUGAUCCUUCAUUCGACGAGUUUGAGAAUGAGUUUCUCAAUAAAGAAUUCCUCGACGAAGAAUCGGGCACGUCUCUCAGACUUCGAAAUGGCCAUGUGCGGAAGGUGAUAGUUGACUCUAUAGUGGACGAAAAGCUUGCCCUUCAAAUUUUCCAAAGCAUCUCCGAAGCCAAUCCGCAAAGUCCACUUCUUUUCAAAGACCUUACGAUCACAGUGCAUGGUGCUCAUUCACCAUGGUUCGUCAACACUUUCUCCAGUAAUUGGCGUGUGAAGAGGGAUUCUCAUAUUGGUCGUCGUGAGAAGUUGAUAGCUCGAGAAAUUGAACUGUUGAAAGGAUGGCAGUCUGCAGGAGGAAGACAUGAUCAUCUUGAUCCGAGCUGGGAGCCUAUAUUUUAUCGACUGUUUCCAGCAGCAAAACCCAAAGGGCAGCCUCGAAAGAUAUCAAAGAAACUGGCGGCCAAGCGGGAGAAGGAACAUAAUUUAGCUAUCCCGACGUGGAGGCGUUAUUUACAUAGUUUCGAUGCUUCGGCAACAUAG